AUGGCUCGACUUCAGUUUGCACGGCUCAGUCGUAGGCGAAGGUUGGAACUAGUGCAGAGCGGCAAUUCCACAAGGAAAUUUGAAUAAUAGUGGAACUAGUGCAGCGCCACAGCCAAGAGCAGAACGAACUGUAAAAUAAACAAUAAGAACCGCAAGUUCAACUGUUGUAAAGCGAAGCGCGCAAGAAGAGACAUAAGAAAGAAAUCAAAUAAUUAAAAAAAUACAAAAAUACAAUGCUGCUGUUCUAUGCAAAAUAUGCAUUUCUCUUCUGGCUGCUCAUAGACGACAAUCAGGGCGAUUUGAUACUCAUGCGUGAGCUCUCCAAGGAGGAGCUGCUGCUGAAUGUGACCGCCUGCACCAAGCGCUGCCUGCUCACAAUACCAAAUAAGAAUUUUUCAAGCUGUUACGGUUACUGUAGUGAAAAUGGAACGGAUCUAAUGCCCGCAACUCCGCACAAAAUACAGGAGAACUUCUCCUUGAAUCUCGUUUGCCGCACAGAGUCGGAGCUCUCAUUUCGCAUCAAGUGGGUGCAGCAUGCACGCGAUAAUGCCACACAGGCUAUGCCAGAUGCCAUGUUUAUCAUUCGGUUUGACAGAAUUUUCGACGACGUUAAUCUUGAAUCGACUUUCUAUGUGUCCGAUGAUAGUUUCUUUACCUUAAGGGAUCUGGAAGCAAUUGCCGCGCAUAAUAUUACAGCGCUGGCUGUGCACGCCGAUGGCGCCUAUUCGUUUAUAGCCAUCCAGGAGAGCUAUCAGACACUGAAGCGCGGCUACCAGCCGAGCAAGAUGGGCAACGUUCGGCUGAAAGAAUUCGAAGAGCAGCCCGGCGAUAGGCAGCACAUUGCAGCAAAAGUGGAAUGGCAGCCAUCCGCAGAGCGCAAUUGUUACUUUGAUAUGAUCUACUUCUCGAAGGACAGUCAAAUUAUGGACGCGCCCACGCCCAUCGAGUUUCGUGACCCUCGCAGCCUCUACAGCUAUACGAUACCCAAUUUGAAAUUUGGCGAGCAGUUCAUGGUGGGCAUUCGCACGGUUAAUAUCAUGAACAUGCUGGAGAGCUCACUGCAAUGGCUGGUACUCCACGUGCCCAGCUGCCUGGAUUGGUUCCACUACAACUAUACCCUAUGUCCUCCACUGAAGCCCGUCAAUGUUAGCGUGCAACAAUCCCAUUUCGACCAGGAUAUAUUGACACUGAAUAUUAGUUGGGCUCGGCCACGACAAUUGCCGGAUAACUACACGCUGUACAUAUUCGAUCUGCACGUGAAUAGCAAUCACAUGAAGUAUAUAGUGGAUGGUAGUGCUAAUCAUUAUUAUAUACCAAAUAUCACUAUACUUGGUGCCAGUUUUGAGGUGCAUUUGGUGGCCUACACAGAGGGCGGACGGAAUGCCACAGUACUGCCCGUAGAUAAGAUUGAUUUGCAGUUCUGGAUGCUGGAAAGCACGCAGAUUAACUUCAUGGUGCUAUUUAUUGUAACGCUGUGUUUGAUACUUGGCCUGUGUUGGCUGUCGCUGCGUAGGCAAAAGCAACGACAAGAGUGUCAGAAGCUGGAGACGAAGGAGCUGAAGGCAGCUCCAAAUCAGUCAAGCGACUUUCACUUGUCCUUGGUCAACAACAACAGUAGCAGGCUGUUAGCCACGCUCGCUGCCGAGGAUAACUUUGAACUGGAUGAUGAGCUGGAGGUGGACCCGCAUGCUGUGCUGCUGCAGGAUGUACUAGGCGAGGGCGCGUUUGGCCUAGUGCGUCGUGGUGUCUACAAACAGCGUCAGGUGGCUGUGAAGCUGCUCAAAGAUCACCCCAAUGAGGAAGAUGUGCAGGCAUUCAAGUGCGAAAUCGAAAUGUUACGCGCCGUGGGCAGGCAUCCGAAUAUUGUGGGAAUUGUUGGUUACUCGACCAGGUGCAGCAAUCGCAUGAUGCUGCUUACCGAAUAUUGCGGCCUGGGCAGCCUUCAGAAUUAUUUGCGUGACGAAUGGAAAUUCCAGCAGGAGCGCAGCGCACGGAAAAUGCAUGUCAAGCUCAAUCUAGUCCAGCAGAAGCAUCACUCAAUGCGUUCUGGGCAUCUCUUGUAUAACGAUACACGUAUUGAGGAUAUAAAUCGAUCCAUGUUGUCCACCCUGGAAGAGGAAUCCGAGACGGAUCUCUCAAGGAACAGCAGUCGCCAAGAUACCAGCUUCAAAUGGAACAAGGGAACACUUGCUGCCGACAACAAAUCCUAUGGACUGCACGGCAUUGAGAAUAUUGAGGCGAAUGCAGGACCAGCAGUUGCUGCUGUGGCAACUCUGAAGAACCUAUUGAAGCGCAGUCAAAAGGAGAAGCAGUCAGAGAAAAACACCUGCUGCACGGCUAGCUUUGAAAAUCAGGAGUACUUCAAUACACCAGCCGUUGAACAAGAAUUGGAAAGGCAACCACUGAAAUAUGCCGAUCUCUUGGAUAUUGCGCAACAGGUGGCUGUGGGCAUGGACUUUUUGGCACAGAAUAAAAUUGUGCAUCGAGAUUUGGCUGCACGAAACGUGCUCAUCUCCAUGGAUCUAACCAUCAAAAUAGCAGACUUUGGUCUGAGUCGUGAUGUCUACCAUGAGAAUGUUUAUCGUAAAUCUGGAGGCAGUGGCAAGCUGCCCAUCAAGUGGUUGGCCUUGGAGUCGCUGACCCAUCAGGUGUACACCAGCCAGAGCGAUGUUUGGUCUUUUGGGGUGCUGCUGUAUGAGAUUACCACACUGGGCGGCAUGCCAUAUCCUUCCAUCUCGCCCAGAGAUUUGCUGCAGCUGCUGCGUCAGGGACAGCGCAUGAAACAGCCCGAAGGCUGCACAGAUGAAGUAUUUGCUCUAAUGACAAGCUGCUGGUGUUCUAUACCGGGAAAUCGACCCACAUUUGCCCAACUCAAACAGCAGCUCGAUGCGAUGAUCCUGGCCAGCAAUGAGCAGCCAAUGCGGCUACAGAAGCAGCUAAAGCGACAGCUAACUCAAACUGACAAUCCACAUAGCAAAGUGGAGCAACUGCCGCAACAUGAUGAACCCUAUUUGCAACCUUGUGCUUAAAUAUGACUUUAGUCUUUGUUUUUAUUUUAAUUUGAUUUUUGUUGUCUCCAUUCAAAAUGUUUUACCUUGUGCAAUACAUUUUCAACAAAGAUUCUAAGGAAAACAUAUGCUGACUAUAUGUACAACACAUGAUAAGCUCUCUGAGCAUAGAGCAUAUUGUAAUUGUUAAACUAUGAAAACUCUAUCUAGAAAAGAGAAAAUUUAUAUAUAACUGAAAGAAACUUAAGUUAUAAUCUUCCAGUUCUUAUAAAGCACGACUUAAAUGACAUUUAACUUCCUCUGCAAAUAAAAUAGUUAUUUUUAGCAUAGUUUACUUUAAUAAUAGAGCUUCCACUUCUGGUAAACUUAUCCAUUUUAUGCUACUUGGAGCCAUCAGUCAGAAUUUGUUUCCUUUGGUAGCUUGGUAGCUUUCGAAUUUUGAUGAUCAGAAAAUUCGAAAGGGCCGUGUAGAAAACGUUUUUAACUUUUGCCAAAUUGUACCUAGAACUAAAUUGGGUUUAUUUUUGAUUUGAAUAACAUAGCUAGGAAAUGUGCCAACACUGCUGCCGCAUGGAAUGGACCCCAUGCGAACCAAUACCCUAUGCCUGUCCCCUCUGUCCGGUGCGCCAGCUGUCCGAUUGCUGCAAUGGAUCCAGCAACGGGAAUUGUCGAUUAAAGUAUCCGUCGUCCCAUAACAAGUCCUUGUUGAAGCACUCCGAUUUAUGCAAAGACAUAUCGGAGCUAUAUUCGUAUGUGGUUUCGGCUAAGCGUAACAAAAUGAGGCGGACCAAACGCCGGCGCAUUCCCAGAUGGAACGAACCCAAUAAGAGUGUCAUUCCAGCGGCAUUCGUUGACCCCGAGCAACAGAAACCACGGGAAGAGGAUACCUGGACGUGGAAGUCUCGCUUUCCCGUAUCUGCGAAGGUGUUGCCUGUUAAACCGCGAGUGGCUGUACUCCCCUCCAAAUGGGACAGGACUGCUGAUCAACUGCCCCAGAGCUAGUUCUUUUAUAGUAUACCCUGCACAUCUACACACCCAUAUGCAAUCGCAAUUUAAACAAACAACACUUUCGCAAGUAUGAGUAUGUAGUAUAUCCAUCGAAGAACGGAGGUGCCACACCUAUUGCUCUUUUCUUAGUUGUGUUAUUAAAAAUCAAAAUAUAUUUUGAAUGGCAACACCACAAAA